GGUAUUUAGACAUAUGCUAAAAGUUUCGCUUUAGUACUCCUGUCUCAGCUAAAAAAUAAGAAUAAUGAAAACAACAACUUAAUCUUGUAGAGUCAAAACAACAUGAAAUUAGUCAACAUGAAUGUUUUGCUUUUUGGCUUACAUUGUGUUUACUCUAUAAUCUAGGGACGAUAACCAAAUUAAAAAGUAAAAUACUUAGUCAAAAAAUAUUAUCUGCAUAUAUAACCAUGGUAAUAAUCGAGAAGACUACAUGAAAAUAAAUUCGUGUUAAAAAUAGUCGUACACUACAGAAACGUGCGUUUGGAUUUUAUCGCUUUAAAUCCUGACGUGACGUCAUUUUACGCCACGAGAUCUGUUGGAUCCCAAACAGUAGUCCCACCUCCGUUGGCUCAGCUCUGACUGAUAAUAAUGGCGACGCGUUCAUCUUUAGUUGCAGCCCAAUGAAAUGCCCAACAAGAGCGCUUUUUCGGCUAUUUUGACAUUUUUGCACAUGCUUUAAGGUUACCUUUCACGAUUAAUCACAUAACGCUUGGCGAUUUACAGAUUUCGAGUCCUGUAUAUGGAAUUAUUGGGAAAGCCCUAACAAAGGUCUUCCGUGGAUAUGUGGCUGUUGUUUACCAACGCGUGUGUGUAACGUAAUUUGUUUCAUCCCUGAGGUAAUGCGAUUAAUUUGACAUACAUGCAUUUAUUCAAGAAUUGUCUGUAAUUAAAGCAAAUCCGCUGCACUCGGAGCUUUUGCAGAAGCUUGUAACUUAAGGGAGAGUAGCUCGCGCAGACAUUAUCGCUUCACGCGAAGUUGGACCAUCUGUUGAGCGUCUCGAGCAACACUGCAAAGUUACAAUGUUUUUUGUAAUUUCUUAAUAACGAAGACGGAUGUUUUUCUUUGAAAAAGAUAGACGUGUUUUCGUCGACGUCUUGUGAACACUUACAACUUUAAGGAGGUUAGCUAUAGCCCAAAUUAGCUAACUAACGUUAGCCUCCGCCAAUAGACGGGCCGUUAGAGACCGAAAUGUAACGUUUAGCAUAAUAUAAUGACACUUAAGUUAAUUCUGUUAACUUGGUUUUGUAAACGACACGUAACGAGACGGUUUACUUGAUAACGUUUGUCACCAAAUCGCUUGUUGUGGCUCGACCUGGUCUUGCAUUGUUUUUAAUUGUUCUCUGUUAAAAGUCUAUCGUGUGGCGAUUAAAUCAUUUUAAACAGGCCACCUUUUAUGGCUUUAUCGAUACGUUAUCAUUUUCUCUUCGGUCACUGACCCAUAUGUAAUAAGGGGGGAGUUAAUCCAUUUUAAAUACUUUAUUUACAGAGCUGGCUAGAGGGCUAGCUAAAUUCUUCUCUAUCGCCAUACUUGCUCGUAAAUGACCACCGGUAGGAAUAACAGAGUCAUGAUGGAAGGAGUCGGCGCUCGAGUUAUCCGCGGGCCAGACUGGAAGUGGGGUAAACAGGACGGAGGAGAGGGUCACGUCGGCACCGUGAGGAGUUUUGAGAGCCCGGAGGAGGUGGUUGUGGUGUGGGAUAACGGCACGGCCGCUAAUUACCGCUGCUCAGGAGCGUAUGAUGUGAGGAUCUUAGACAGUGCACCCACAGGAAUCAAGCAUGAUGGCACCAUGUGUGACACCUGUCGGCAGCAGCCCAUCAUUGGGAUCCGAUGGAAAUGUGCAGAGUGCACCAACUAUGACCUCUGCACUACCUGUUACCAUGGUGACAAGCACCACUUGCGCCACAGGUUCUACCGCAUCACCACUCCUGGCAGUGAGAGAGUUCUUCUGGAAUCUCGUCGAAAGUCCAAGAAGAUCACAGCCCGAGGCAUCUUUGCAGGAGGACGGGUAGUUCGGGGAGUGGAUUGGCAGUGGGAGGAUCAGGAUGGUGGAAAUGGCAGAAGAGGGAAGGUGACAGAGAUCCAGGACUGGAGUGCUUCCAGCCCCCACAGUGCAGCCUACGUCCUCUGGGACAACGGGGCCAAGAACCUUUACAGAGUGGGAUUCGAGGGCAUGUCCGAUCUGAAAUGUGUGCAAGAUGCCAAAGGAGGCACGUUUUACAGGGACCACUGUCCAGUAUUGGGUGAGCAAAAUGGCAACAGGAACCCAGGAGGUCUGCAGAUUGGAGACUUGGUCAACAUUGAUCUGGAUCUGGAGAUUGUUCAGUCACUGCAGCAUGGGCAUGGAGGCUGGACAGAUGGCAUGUUUGAAACGCUCACCACCACAGGCACUGUUUGUGGCAUCGAUGAAGAUCAUGACAUUGUCGUGCAGUACCCUAGUGGAAACAGGUGGACAUUUAACCCGGCUGUACUCACCAAGGCAAACGUGGUGCGCAGUGGAGAUGUGGCUGCCGGUGCUGAGGGGGGCACCUCUCAGUUCAUGGUGGGAGAUCUGGUCCAGAUCUGCUAUGACAUUGAUCGUAUCAAACUGCUCCAGAGAGGACAUGGAGAGUGGGCUGAAGCUAUGCUGCCAACCCUUGGAAAGGUGGGCAGAGUGCAGCAGAUCUACUCGGACAGUGACCUGAAAGUCGAGGUGUGUGGGACAUCCUGGACGUACAAUCCGGCUGCUGUCACUAAAGUUGCACCUUCUGGCUCUGCUGUUACCAAUGGAUCUGGAGAGCGCCUUUCUCAACUCCUCAAGAAGCUCUUUGAGACUCAGGAGUCUGGAGACAUCAAUGAAGAGUUGGUGAAGGCCGCUGCUAAUGGUGACCUGGCUAAAGUGGAGGACAUUCUGAAGAGAUCAGAUGUAGAUGUGAACGGGCAGUGUGCAGGACACACUGCUAUGCAGGCUGCCAGCCAGAAUGGCCAUGUGGAUGUCCUCAGACUUCUGCUGAAACAUAAUGUAGACCUGGAGGCUGAGGAUAAAGACGGAGACAGAGCUGUCCAUCACGCAUCCUUUGGGGAUGAGGGUUCCGUCAUUGAGGUACUGCAUCGAGGCGGGGCUGACCUGAAUGCCAGAAACAAGCGCAGACAGACGCCCCUUCACAUUGCUGUCAACAAGGGCCACCUACAGGUGGUGAAGACGUUGCUUGACUUUAGUUGCCACCCCAGUCUGCAGGACUCUGAGGGAGACACACCUCUGCAUGAUGCCAUCAGCAAGAAGAGGGAUGACAUGCUCUCCGUACUGCUGGAAGCUGGUGCAGAUGUCACAAUCACCAACAACAAUGGUUUCAACGCGCUUCACCAUGCUGCUCUGCGAGGGAACCCCAGUGCCAUGCGCGUGCUUUUGUCCAAACUGCCACGGCCCUGGAUAGUGGACGAGAAGAAAGAUGACGGUUACACUGCACUUCAUCUCGCUGCCCUCAACAACCACGUGGAGGUGGCAGAGCUCCUAGUUCAUCAGGGAAGUGCCAAUCUGGACAUACAGAAUGUUAACCAGCAGACAGCAUUGCACCUUGCCGUCGAACGUCAGCACACCCAGAUAGUGCGACUGUUGGUCCGAGCUGAGGCUAAGUUGGAUGUGCAAGACAAGGACGGCGACACGCCACUGCACGAGGCCCUGCGUCACCACACUUUGUCCCAACUGCGCCAACUUCAGGACAUGCAAGAUGUCAGCAAAGUGGAACCCUGGGAGCCCUCCAAAAACACAUUAAUCAUGGGAUUGGGCACUCAGGGAGCUGAAAAGAAGAGUGCGGCUUCUAUUGCUUGUUUCCUGGCAGCCAACGGUGCUGACCUCACCAUCCGCAACAAGAAAGGCCAGUCUCCUCUGGACCUGUGCCCUGACCCCAGCCUCUGCAAGGCCCUGGCUAAAUGCCACAAAGAGAAGACCAGUGGGCAGGUGGGUUCCCGUAGCCCGUCUUUGAGCAGUAAUAAUGAAACUCUGGAGGAAUGCAUGGUUUGCUCGGAUAUGAAGAGAGACACGCUCUUCGGCCCCUGCGGUCACAUCGCCACCUGCUCUCUCUGCUCGCCCCGUGUCAAGAAAUGUCUCAUUUGCAAGGAACAGGUCCAGUCCAGAACUAAGAUUGAGGAGUGUGUGGUGUGCUCUGAUAAGAAGGCAGCUGUUCUCUUUCAGCCCUGUGGUCACAUGUGCGCCUGUGAGAACUGUGCAAGCCUAAUGAAAAAGUGUGUGCAGUGUCGGGCCGUGGUGGAGCUCCGCACUCCCUUCGUUUUGUGCUGUGGAGGGAAAGAUUAUGCCAUAGACCAGACUGAAUUGGCCCCAAAACCAGCAGCAGGGGUGCUUGCAUUACAAAACAAUGUGAGUGGUUGCUUCUCAGCAGGGAGCUCUAACUCAGUGGCAGGGGGGUCACAGGAUCUUCUCCAGCCCAACAAUCUGGCAAUAAGUUGGUCCAGCGGAAAUAUUCCAGGAUUGCAAAGGGACAAAGACAACACUAAUGUCAAUGCAGAUGUGCAGAAAUUGCAGCAGCAACUGCAGGAUAUCAAAGAGCAGACCAUGUGCCCUGUGUGUCUGGAUCGCCUAAAGAAUAUGAUCUUCAUGUGCGGCCAUGGCACUUGUCAGCUGUGCGGUGACCGAAUGAGCGAGUGUCCCAUCUGCCGCAAAGCUAUCGAGCGUCGGAUCCUGCUUUAUUAGAAUGGUUAACAAAGCCUACUCGUCUCCAAGCCUGUUUUUCAGCUACAGUGUAUGCAAGGCUCUGUGUCCCACGCAAGCUAAGAGUCAUCAGUGUUCAUCUUUUCUGCAUUUUGUCUUAAGCAUCUGAAAUCCAGCAGUUUCAGGCUCAAUAUUUGCCUGGAAGACUUCAUUAACAUAUUUUCUGCGCUCUUGGAUUAUGUUCACCGCAACCAAGAAGAGACUUGCUUUUACUUCUCAACUCUGCUGUUCUGGUCAUGCAAGUGUCCACUUUUUCUAAUGUGUUUUCGUGAGAAGGUCACCACCACCUAAAACACGACUGUAAGGCAACAACUGACACUGUCAGAGACUGCUAACAUUUCCUCUUUUAUUAUGCAAGUGUAUAAUGCUUAUAUGUCCUGAUCCAAAUAACGGUUGUAUCUACAGUACAGAGUAGGUCAUGAUACAAUGUGCUGAAGGUCUAGGACAUGACUGAACACUAGACUCUGUCUCUCUGUAUCUGCUGUUAAUAUGGAGCAUCACAAAUGGAGCAACCCAGUGUUCUGUUCCAAACUGCUGAUCGAGAAUUUGUCAUAUCCAAGCAGUGAAAUAAAUUAUGUAAACAUCCAAAUCCAGUUUUUAGCUCUACUGUUAGCAUAGCUUUGCAUGCUCCUCACUUGAAAUGCCGCUUUACUACAGUAUAGACAUUACAAUACUAUAGUAUUAUUGUGACACCCAUGAUGGGUGUGACUGUUACAAGAAAGGUCCAAGAAGAUAUGCAUAUAUUCAACAAACAUCAUAAAUUGGUCGUUUUCAGUAAUCCUCCUUAAUGUAUCAGGUAUUAUUACCAGAUUUUUUAAUAUAAAUAUAUUUGAAACUGCCGAUUUUGUGCCAUUGUUCCAAAAGAAGUAAAUUUCAUUACCUUUUGGGAAUAAGGUACCGUUUAUCUAACUAGUUAAUUUAUGUAUUUUCACCUUUUUCAACUAAAAUUGAGCUUGAAUUAGGGGUAUUGCCUAACUAGGCAGCAAGAAAGCCUGACCAAAAAACAUUUGUAGCUGAGGACUAUUCAAGUCCAAAUAGUAUUUUGUUUUGCAAUUUGGCAUCUCUCUCUGUGCUUUUCAUCAAGUUUUUGAAGACAUCUAUUGCAUUGCUUUUUCCGUGUGGAUGCUUUCCAUGUUUCUAACAUGGAGAAGGUCUAAAGUUCCGUCUUCAGCUUAAUGCCUCGUUUCGUUUCAAUGUGACUCCCACUGCAGAAAUACGUAUUUACUGUCAGCAAAAGUAGUUUCAUACUUUUUAAAGAUUUGUGUUCAUUUCAGUGACCAUUUUAACACUAAAAGCUAGAUGCACUAAUAUACCGUAUUUGUAGCAUUGUAUUACAGUUACUCAAGCGGUCUGUUUUGUACCUUAUUUUCAGUAUACAAAUACUGCCCUGGUUUGAAAAACAAUACUGAUGUUUUUUUUCUUUGAAUGAACGAAUGUUUGAUGUAUGCUGUACAACAUUUAUCUUUAUUUUGAAUGUUUGUCCUGUAUUGCAGUUUUGCUUUAAGAUCCAUUGCCGAAUAAAGGUCUAACAAAAUGUA